GAAAGGGCCAGUGACGCCCCCAGCCCAGCUGCAGAAGCGAACGCCACCUCCUAUGCACAAGGUGUCACAUUUGAAAAGAAACCUGAGCCCCAGGGAGACGGCGCCUAGCGACCCUGGCCUGGCUAGUGCAAACUGCGCGGCAGGGCGCUGGGCAGCGCUGGGGAGCCCAGAGAGCUCCACCGCAGAACAUCCUAGCGACCUGAUUCUGGGAUCUCAUCUCCACGCUCCCUUCGCAAUUUUCAGAUUUCUCCCCCUCGCUUAUUUCCCCAAAACGGAGCCUUUAUACCAGGAGAAGGUGCUGGAGUUGGGGCAACCAGGACUUUCCCGGGCACCCAAGAUGCGCUCCAUUAGAAAACGGUGGACCAUCUGCACUAUAAGUCUACUUCUGAUCUUUUAUAAGACAAAAGAAAUAGCAAGAACUGAGGAGCACCAGGAGACGCAACUCAUCGGAGAUGGUGAAUUGUGUUUGAGCAGGUCGCUUGUCAACAGCUCUGAUAAAAUCAUUCGGAAGGCUGGCUCAACCAUCUUCCAACAUUCUGUACAAGGCUGGAAAAUCAAUUCUUCCUUAGUUCUGGAGAUAAGAAAGAACAUUCUCCGCUUCUUAGAUGCAGAACGUGAUGUCUCUGUGGUCAAGAGCAGUUUUAAGCCUGGUGAUGUCAUACACUAUGUGCUGGACAGACGCCGGACACUAAAUAUUUCACAUGAUCUGCACAGCCUCCUGCCUGAAGUUUCACCAAUGAAAAACCGCAGGUUUAAGACCUGUGCCGUCGUUGGAAAUUCUGGCAUUCUGCUAGACAGUGAAUGUGGCAAGGAGAUUGACAGUCACAAUUUUGUAAUAAGGUGUAAUCUAGCUCCCGUGGUGGAGUUUGCUGCGGAUGUGGGGACUAAAUCAGAUUUUAUUACCAUGAAUCCAUCAGUUGUGCAAAGAGCAUUUGGAGGCUUUCGAAAUGAGAGUGACAGAGAGAAAUUUGUGCAUAGACUUUCCAUGCUGAAUGACAGUGUCCUUUGGAUCCCUGCUUUCAUGGUCAAAGGAGGAGAGAAGCACGUGGAAUGGGUUAAUGCAUUAAUCCUUAAGAAUAAGCUGAAAGUGCGGACUGCCUAUCCAUCACUGAGACUUAUUCAUGCUGUCAGAGGUUACUGGUUGACCAACAAAGUUCCUAUCAAGAGACCCAGCACAGGCCUCCUUAUGUACACACUGGCUACCAGAUUCUGUGAUGAAAUUCACCUGUAUGGCUUCUGGCCCUUCCCUAAGGAUUUGAAUGGGAAAGCUGUCAAAUACCAUUACUAUGACGACUUAAAAUAUAGAUACUUUUCCAACGCCAGUCCUCACCGAAUGCCACUAGAAUUUAAAACAUUGAAUGUGCUGCACAAUAGAGGCGCUCUAAAACUGACCACAGGGAAGUGCAUGAAGCAAUAAAGCACACUUUGAAGGAUUAAAAACUGGAUGCAGACUUUUUCUAAAGAUGCUUCUGGAGAUUUAGAAACAGGAUCCAAAACAAGGCUGGGUUUCUGCAUCCACCAACUGACUGAAUGGCUGAAAUGGAAGUCGGUGUGAACCCACCACCAGCUGAUGAAAUACCUGCAAAGUGCUCUACCUAUCAAAUAUUCUGACUUCAAGGGUCCUAGUAAGUGCCACUUCCACGAAGAAUACAGUCUGAAUGUAUUUUCAGUAGUGUUUACAAGAUCCAACAGUGCACUCAUCAUUAAUUAGCAAAGCAAAUAUGUUCAUCACUGUGGAGCAGCCACUGUAACGCCAAGCACACUGGAAGAGGAACCAUGGAGCACGACUCGGCGCUUGGGAAAUUAAGGCAUCCUUAUUCACCAAAUUGAAGGAGGAACAAGUUCGAAGAGUGAAAUCCAUGAGAUGAAGCAACUUGAGGGAACUUCUAGUCAGGACACUGAGAAUGAUGAUUGUGUUUAGGUUUUGCUUGUGUUUGUCUUCUGAAACUUAUUUUGGUUUGGGUAUAAGGUGCUUAGAAAUUUAUUUGAGGUAUAGAAGAGGGAAACACAUAUAGAUGAAGAAAAUAAACAUCAAACAGUUUUUUAUAAAAUUCUUUUGCUUUUUCAGCAGCAAUCACACCAAAUUUUUGUUUAUUUGUUUUGUUUUGCACAACUAUAAAUCUCUGGAUUAUGUAUCAAUGGUGUGGCAGGUACCAGCCAAAAUAUAACACUCAAUAGUAGUAAACUAUUGUGAAGGAGUGAUAUUUUAAAAAUUGCAAAGUUGCUCUUGGUACCAAAGAUUAAAUCAUGUUCCUACACAGUAUGCCAUUCUCCUUACAUUAAAGGAAUAUAUUAUUAAAAUGAGCACAUCGUUGCUAUGAAACUUGGCUCUAAAUAUUUUAAAAAUUUCAAACUUAAAUAAUUUUAAUUUAUACAUUUGAUAUUUUCUAGUAGCUUCGUGGAAACAUAUUGCCCUGUAGAAUUAAUGUUGGGUUGGUGUAGCUGAGAUGUUACUACUAGUUCUGUGAUUUCAUCCUGGUUAUUCAGAGGCAAAGAUCAAUGGGCACCACUUAACACAAGUUUAAGAUUUCUCUCUACAAAGUAACAUGACUAGCUGAGACUUGUUUUCGAAUAGAUGGCUAAUUCAAAGCAGUUUAACAAUAAUGUAUCAGUAUUGUGAACUUAAAAUGAAUUCAAUCGACAAGAAUUUUUUUUGCAGUUAAGGACAGUUCCAUUAUUACUGCAUUUUAAAGAACAUAAAGUUAUUCAUAGAGUGAUUUAGAAUGAUUAGAUACUUGACUGAAGUGACUGGUGGGCCGGUUUUCUGUUUCUUCUGAAAGCAGAAGCUAUAUAGUCUCACUUCUGCUUUGGCCCACAGCAACUUCAUAUGACUUCUCGUUUCUUGGGGAAGGCACUCUGAAGAAAGCAGAAAUAGUAUGAAAACUGUGAAUGUUUUGUUUUUUUGUAGGACAGGCAAUCUCAAAAUGAAUGAAGAGAGUAGGGGAAGUGUGCAUAUAAAGUAUACAUAUAUGUAUUCACACUAUGGAAAAGAAUUGUCACAGUACUGCAGUUACUAAUAUUUUUAAUAAUAGCUUUUAAUGCUUUUAAAAGUCUGCAGAAUCUCAGGAUAUAAAGAACAUUUUCUGAGAAUCUGUGUAUCUAUCACAAAAUAAAACUGAGUGCAGAUGGAAGAUUCUUAAAUACUAUGAAUAAUCUCAAUAUACUUUUGUCAUUAAAAUUCUCAUCUACUUGAAAAUUUGAAAGUACUAGAUACAUGUUAUAGGAAUGCUAAAUUGAAAGUCUAAUUUAUUUGACAAUUGAAAUCUGGGUAACUUAUAGAACUUACUUUGAACUCUGUGCAGAUAAGUCUUCCCAGCAGAACCUAACAUGAAGUGACAAGUAUAUUUUAACAAGAAAAUAUCAACUUGGCACUUACUCAAAGUAGGUAUUUGAAUGCAGCAACAUACCCUUUUGACUGCAUUUCCCGAAAGAAGAAAUAUAUGUUUAAACAACAUUCAGUCCCCAGUAAGCACACCGCACCAUCCACCAUUCCCUGCAUCGCUGUUUAUCCCUUAGCCGCAUUGGGUAGUGCCUUUUCAACGUCUUCACAUCGAUUCUUCACCCCUGCUUUGUGUUCUCUAAAUGCUUGCCCAGUUAGGAAAAUGUUCAGCAUCCAAAGGGCUUCAGAUUUGAAAGAAAACUAUUUUUGUUCAUCUCAGGGAACUUUCAAUACAGAAGAGCAGAUUCAAUUGAAGAUAUUUAGUGCUCACAGACGAAAUGCCGCGUGCGAGCAUUUUAUCCUCUUACAUACACCUUUGCAUUCGCCCUCACACUUCGGUCCCCAUCACGGCGGCCGUCUUACAGGGAAAAGGCAGAGAGCGAUGAAGGCUAAUAGUUCAAGUGAGGAAAAGAGUUACAAUGUAACACACACGAUGGCCUGAGGGAUCAAAACAAAAUCAAAUUAUAAGUAUAUACUUGAAGUAUCUGUGUUUUCCUUUAUAUGAUAUGCCCACAGCUUUAUUGUUUUCUUUCCUUUUUCAUGAUUUAGUCAUGCACCUGGGAAGGCCCAGGCAGAUGACUGCGCUAUAUCCCAGUCAUUGAGGUCACAUGGUUGCUACUGCGCUAUUGACAUGAAGAGACCACAGAAAUAUUCUUAUUAUUAUUAUUCAGUAUGAUCUGUACUUAAUAGCAAGUUGCUGGAAGAAAAUGUGAAUCAGUAACAGAUUUUCAGGGCCAAUCCAGUGAUGCAGCCCACGGGAACAACGGAACUAAUGUGGAAGACUUUCUCACUGGGGGGAAGUGCUGGGCAUUUGAAUGUCUUCAUGCAUCGUAUAUCAUAUGAACUGUAUAUGGAUUGUUGAUGAAAACCUCUACAUAUAUGCUUACAGAAAUGCUUUAUUUAAGAAGUGCCGAGGGUAGUGUACAUACAAGUUCCUCAGCUACUACUGAAGAAGGAGUGAGCAGUGAUUUUUUUUCUAGUUGUGCCAUGUUAUUCAUAACACAUAUUACGUGAUAUUUGGUUCCCCGAAUUGUUUUCAUGUGAUAACUGUCAGGACUAUCUAUAGUUUUGGAAGGGGGAUGGGAAACGUUGUGUAUAGUUAGUUGUUAUCUCUACAAACUUGGAAGUUUACCCAUUACAUGUUGUCAAUAUACCAAGGUUUUAAUAAAAACAGGUAAAGGUAAUUGUUUGUAUUUGAUAAACAAACUCCAAAUACAAUCCUUCUAGAAAUAGUUAUUUUAUUAUAUAUGUGCUAUAAAUAUAUCUAAAUAGUACAAAUAGACAUGUGUGAUGCAUAUAUACCAUGUUAUAUAUGUAUAUCUGUGUGUACACACUGAGUCUGUAAUAUGUGCACAACUAGAUGUGUGUUAUACAUAUCUUCAGGGUCUGCACCGUGGUCCUCCCUGGAGAUCAUGACCACUUUAAAAAGAGAAGUUCUUUUGAAACUUCAUUACUACUCUGCUUUAAGGAAGACCUACUUUAUAGCUGAAGUAUAUGUUCUUUCCUAGAGUAAUAGUAAAGAGACUAGUAUGUUCAAACCUCUCCAAACAAAAGUAAAGAAAAAAAAUAUCUUCAAGCUGGCAAUGUAUUUAAAUUGCAAGUUUUCUGAGUGUGGGUCUAGGCCAUGUGUUUCUCCAUUGCGUAGCACCUUUUAAGAAAUACUGUUUCUUUGUGUAGUUGAAAGCACAAGUGUUUCAAAUGUAUAUAGCAGGAAGGAAAAAAGUGUUUACAGAUAGCUCUGCUGCAUAGGAUCGUUGCUACUGAGUUUUUCUUAUACCAUCCGUGGAAUGGGAAGAUAAAGCUUCUUGGGUAGGUAUCCUGUUCAAUACUGUUCCCCGUCAUUUGUGUAUAGUAAUUAGCUAUUCUUGCUUUAUCAUUUGUACAAUUGUAAAAUAUAUUAAAUUACUUUUUUUCAA